CAUGAAUUCACUUACUCUUUUUGUCUUUUGAUAAAAGUAUGAGUACAAUGUUAAGGUUGCAAAAAAGUCAUUUUUGUGUGACAGUUUGUUUAAUAAUAUUUAUAGAAAAAGCUUUUGCACAUUAUGAGUAUGUAGUAUUUAGAGAUGGCACAGGUUCAAGACCCCCGAUUGUUAAAAGGAACACCGGAUCUGAUCUUCCUAGAAUUAAUGAAUUUUUGGUCACCACAAAUGUAUCAAACCAUUUUGCAGUAACAAGUGUUAUAAGUAAUGUGGAAAACUCAGACAGAAAUGCAAAGCAAACAGCUUUUUCCGUAGUUUUACCAGAUAGAGCUUUUAUUUCAAGUUUUUCUAUGGAUAUCGAUGGAAAACAAUACAAGGCCUUCGUGAAAGAAAAGGAGAUAGCUAAAAAAAUUUACGACCAGUCUGUAGCAACAGGAUACAGUGCUGGACAUGUCGCUGUGAGCACAAAGAAUUCAAACAGGUUCACCAUAACAGUUAACGUAGAACCGCUAAGCAAGAUCCUCUUUAAAUUAGAAUAUGAAGAGCUAUUACAAAGAGAAAAUGGGCAGUACCAAAUCAUUAGCAAUAUUCAACCUGGACAAAUGGUUAAAAAACUAAAGGUUAUGAUAAUAAUCAGGGAAAAUCAACCCUUAGCUUUCGUGAACACACCUUAUCUUCAAGCAGGUAGUUCAUCAAUGGACCUGGCACAAACAAAAAUAGAUCCUGACGCACGUGUCUAUAAGAAAAAUAAUUCAGCUUUGAUAAUCUUUGAACCCAAUAUUGAAAGACAAAUGGAAUUUGCAUGCAAUGGACUUGGAAAUACAGAAUAUGAUGGGUUUGCUGGACAGUUUAUUGUUAAUUAUGAUGUUAAUAGGACAAAUGAAGGUGGGGAAAUACUGUAUCAAGGUAAUUUCUUUUUUAUUUCAUUCGCACCACACAAUUUAGAUCCCAUGCCGAAACAUAUGGUUUUUAUACUUGACACCAGUGGAAGCAUGGGAGGUUUUAAAAUUAGCCAGCUUAAGGAUGCAAUGUCAAAGGUUUUGCCUCAGCUAAACGAAGACGAUGUCUUCACUAUUCUUCAAUUUGAGAAUUAUGUUUACGAUUGGAAUAUAUACAAAGAUAAAAAUGAUGUGCUUGGUACCAGCACCGACCCGGAUUAUCUGCCUUACGGAAAUUUGGCUACUAAGCUUCAGUCGUAUACCCCUUCGAUAAUUCCAGCCACUAAGGAAAAUAUUGCAACAAUGACGGAUGUCAUUAAUAACUUUUAUGAUUAUGGUGGUACGAAUAGUGUAGGAGGUUUAGAAGUCGGACUAAUGGCUGUGUCGAAAACCCAACAAAAAUAUCCAAAUAAAUAUUUACCCAUUAUGGUCUUUCUCACAGACGGAGUACCAUACACUGGUAUUACUGAUACAACUAAAAUCGUUGAAGUGAUUACGAAAUUAAACAAAGCUAGCUACAAUGUUCCCAUAUAUUGUCUGUCUUUUGGAGAAGAACCAGAUAUAGACCGACACUUUCUGCAAAAAUUAAGCGGACUUAACCCAGGUGAAGAACAUAAAAUUUCUAUAGAUUUGGAUUCAUCGACAUAUAUUCAAGGUUUCUACAAAAAGAUUUCAGGUCCUUUGUUAAACAAUGUCGCAUUAAAUAAUUUACCACCAUCAGUUGAAGUUACACAAAUUUAUUUCCCAAUAUAUUUUCAAGGAUCGGAAUUGAUGAUUGCUGGAAAAGGAAUUGGUGGUAAAAUUGCUACGCCGAUAACGAUUUCAGCAAACUCCAACAAAGGUUCCAUAGACUUUGAAACAGAGAUAGGUAUUCCUUUGGUAAAAUUGGAACGAAUUUGGGCCUAUUUAACAGUAAAACAAUUAGCCGAUCAAUAUCACGUAACAGGAAAUACUACGCUUGCCACAAUUGGCACAGAAAUAGCUAUGAACUAUUCCUUGGUCACCGAUUUUACUUCUUUGGUUGUGGUCAAACCAAAUACGCCCGAUGAAACUGUGAAUAUUGAAGAUGCUUACCAGGGGAUAUUUCCGAGAAAGCCUAGUGAAUUACCAAUGUGUAAUAAUAUUACAAGCUACAUUAUGGAAGAAUUUAGUACAACAGAACCAGAACCACAAACAAUAGGGACUACGUUUAAUCCAGAUGUUAUACUUGAGUUUGAUAAUGGUCUUGAAGUUGAAGAAACUACUACAGAAGCAAUAACCACGACUAUGAUUACGACGACCCCUACUACAACCAUUACCACAACGCCAACUCCAACAACUACUCGAGAACUGACCUGUCAUGAAUCCACAUAUGGUUGCUGCCACGACGGCGUAACAUUUGCGCUUAGACCUGAUGCUGAUGGAUGUGACCCUAUUCCUAAAGCUGAAAGUUGCUCGUUACCUCAAGAUAGUGGAAACUGUGCUAACUCUACCGUUAAAUGGUUUUAUAGCACUGUUAGACAUCAAUGUAAACAGUUCAGAUAUGGCGGAUGUGGCGGAAACGACAAUAGGUUUGCAAGUAAACAAACAUGUGAAGAAACUUGCGUGAAUCCAACUGGUCAAGAAAGAUGCAAACUUCCAAUAUCUUUGGGUGAGUGUAAUCAACGAUUACUUCACUGGUUUUAUGAUCAAUCCAAACAGACAUGUGUAAAAUAUAUGUAUGGUGGUUGUUUUGGAAAUUCCAAUAGAUUUAAGACGAAAGAAGAAUGUUUAAAAUUAUGCAACGUGAACAUGUACACGGAAAUUUUAAAAGAUGCCUGUUUUAAACCCAAAGAUAAAGGUCAUAAACGUUGCCGUCGAUUCGAAAUUAAUUAUUAUUUUGACGAGAGUUAUACAUUAUGCAGAAAAUUUUGGUUCACUGGAUGUGGAGGAAACGAUAACCGAUUUAAGACUAAAGAAUUAUGUGAAAAUAUCUGUGUUCGCUCCAAACAUAACGAUAUUUGUUUCGCUCCACCUGAAAGAGGAACAUGCAAUGACUUACAUCAAGCUUGGUUUUAUGAUCCAAGAAGUGCCCUUUGCCAACCUUUCGUUUAUAGCGGAUGUGGAGGCAACGAAAACAAAUUUGAUUCGAAAGAUGACUGCGAGAAAGCGUGUAUUGUAUAGAAUUAAAAUCAUACAAUGUUCAAAUAUAUUUAUUAAUUAUUUUUAUUUAUAUACCUACUAACUUUGUAGUUUUUAUAAAAUUUAAAAAAUUAACAAUACA